GGGUUUGCACUUUUUCUUUUUCUUUUUCUUUUUCUUUUUCUUUUUCUUUUUCUUUUUCUUUUUCUUUUUCUUUUCUUUUCUUUUCUUUCUUUACCUUUUUAACCACUGCGCCAGUGGGCUGGACGGGGGUUGGGCGUAUGGAUGGCCUCAAGGGGGAUUGGUGUUGGGUGUUGGGUGUUGUGGGCUCUUCGUCGAAUGUCGAAUGGGUUUGUGGGGUUUGUGGGGUUAGGGGCUCGCUUUCGCGUUUUUCGUCUCGUCUCGUCUCGUCUCUGCUUCGUCUGUGUAUGUUUGAGAUGUUGGUGUUGUUGCUGUUGGUGGAGAAGAGUGCAUGCGGUGUGGGUAGGGCUUCUUUUUUCGCGCUCGCUGGCUGGAUGGCUGGAUGUCGCUAUUGCGCAAGUGCGACUGCGAGCGCGAGUGCGACUGCGGCGGCUAAAAAAGAAUGAGGGGGCUUUGUUGUUGUUGCUUUGUUGCUACUGCUGCUGUUGCUGCUGCUGCUGCUGCUGAAGAAGAAGGCAGUUGACGAUUUCACGAACUGAACAAUUAUAUCUGAUCUAAACAAUUCAAUCUGAUUCAAUCCAAUUCAUUAAGAUUUUUUAUUUGUGUUUGUGUUUAUUUCUAUUUGACUGCGUCGUUGUUG